AUUCCUGGCCCGAUCGAGUAACCGCGGGCUGGGGCUCCGGCGCCCGCUCCGCCUUAUAAACGCCCGGCCACCGGCGUCCCGCAGCGCACGUGCGGGACCCGGGCCCCUCCGCCUUGCCCAGGAGUUCUUUCCGCCUGGGGUCCGUCCCAUCCCACCCCGGGGGUCACUGCAGCCUCGACGGCCCCUUGCUCAGCACCCCUGAGCUCUCGGUCUGCAGAGCGCGAUGGUCACGGCCCUGAAUGUCUCGCGUGACAUGGGGCAGCUGUUCCGGCCCUACGACUUCGAGACGACCCGGGACUUGAGGCCCUUUCUGGAGGAGUACUGGUGUGGGCCGGAGUCCUGCCACCCGCCCCCAAACACAUUGCAGCAGUAAUCACAGAAGUCUGGCUACGCUCCUGCCCUGAACUCUGUUCACCGUAGUACUGCCAGGAGGGGUGUUAUUUGUCCCUUCCAAAGGAAGCCAAAGUGUCACACCAGUAGGAAGUGGCAGGGCUGGAAGUGCAAGCAAGAGCAUUCCCACGGACAGAUGAGCAGGCAUUCCCCUGCCGUGCCCACCCGCGAGCCCAGGCCCUCUGCACUCUGCCUGCCAGGGCAACUGCAUUCCCCAUAGCGCUGGUCUAUCUGCUGCUCAUCAUUGUGGGGCAGAGCUCCAUGAAGGCGAGGAAAGGCUUCAACCUGCAGGGUCCCCUGAUCCUCUGGUCCUUCUCCCUUGCGCUCUUCAGUAUCCUGGGAACAGUGAGAACAUGGGGCUACAUGGGGGCCCUGAUGCACAGAGGGGGCCUGAAACACACGGUGUGCUUCACUGACUCCACCGAGCAUCCCAUAAUCAAAUUCUGGUCCUGCCUCUUUCUUCUCAGCAAGGUCAUCGAACUCGGAGACACAGCCUUCAUCAUCCUGCGGAAGCGGCCACUCAUCUUUGUGCACUGGUACCACCACAGCACGGUGCUGGUGUUCACAAGCUUCGGGUACAAGAACAAAGUGCCUUCGGGGGGUUGGUUCAUGACCAUGAACUUCGGGGUGCACUCGAUCAUGUACACCUACUACACACUGAAGGCCGCCAGGGUGAAGCACCCCAGGCUGCUCCCCAUGCUCAUCACCAGCCUGCAGAUCCUGCAGAUGGUUAUGGGGACCGUCGUGGGCAUCCUGACUUACAUCUGGAGACAGGAGCAAGGGUGCCGCACCACGGCGGAACAGUUCUUCUGGUCCUUUGUCUUGUAUUCCACCUAUUUCAUCCUCUUUGCCCAUUUCUUCCGACAAACCUACAUCUGGCCCCAGGUCAAAACCAAGACCAAAAGCCACUGAGGGGCUGGAGAGGAAGAAGAGCCUUGAGCUCUCUCUCUUCCCCGGACCCCAGCGGACUGGACUCACAUUUGGGGAAUGAUCGGGGUGCCUUCCCUGCAUGGCUUCCCAGUGCUUCAUGUGCUCCACGGUGGCAGAAGUUAUGGCGGAUAAGUAUCCCCUGGGAUGAGGGUGUGGCCUGGUACUCUGAUAUUUCUGUCUUUAAUGUGAAGCCAAGCAGGCCCUGGAGAAGAGGCGGGGCUGAGGAGGGUCCGAACAGGUGAUUUAUUUAUAUUUCUAUCCAGA